CCCGCCGUGUCGUCCGUCCUGCUCGCCCCUUCCCCGCCAGCCUCAGCCUUCCCUCUCGCCCUCUCUUUCUCCUAACGUUUAAUCUAUCUCAACUCGCAUCCUCGACCCCGUUCUCGUCUCCUCCAAGAGUCGUCCCCGCUCCUUCCUUCAAGGAACUCCGAUCCUCUGUAUCCGUAGCAUCAUCCCCCUCUCCAGAUGGCCACUCACGGUCCAAUCAACGGCGUCAAGAUCUCUCCCGUCGACGAUCCCCGCAAGAUCGUCAAGGUCGUCGCUUCCGACGGCAAGUCGGGAGAGACCCGUGAUCUCAUUUACACCAACUGCAAAGUCAUCGGAAACGGCUCUUUCGGUAUCGUCUUCCAGGCAAAGCUCCUCGAAGACUCCAACCCCGUCUGUGACAUCGCCAUCAAGAAGGUCUUGCAGGACAAGAGGUUCAAGAACCGUGAAUUGCAGAUCAUGAGACUCGUCUCACAUCCCAACGUCGUCGACCUUAAAGCCUUUUUCUACUCUAAUGGUGACAAGAAAGAUGAAGUGUACCUCAACCUUGUGCUCGAAUAUGUCCCGGAGACCGUGUACCGCGCUAGCCGGCACUACGCCAAGCUCAAGCAACCGAUGCCCAUGCUCCAAAUCAAGCUGUAUAUGUAUCAACUCCUCCGCUCCCUCAUGUACAUCCACUCCAUCGGCAUUUGCCACCGCGACAUCAAGCCUCAGAACCUCCUUCUCAACCCUGCUACCGGCGUCCUGAAGCUCUGUGACUUUGGCUCAGCCAAGAUCCUUGUCGCGGGCGAGCCCAACGUCAGCUACAUCUGCUCCCGCUACUACCGUGCGCCAGAGCUCAUCUUCGGCGCGACGAACUACACGACAAACAUUGACAUCUGGUCAACUGGAUGUGUCAUGGCGGAGCUCAUGCUUGGGCAGCCUCUGUUCCCCGGAGAGAGUGGAAUCGACCAGCUGGUCGAGAUCAUCAAGGUCCUCGGCACUCCAUCGCGAGAGCAGAUCAAGACGAUGAAUCCCAACUACAUGGAGCACAAGUUCCCACAGAUCAAGCCUCACCCUUUCUCCAAGGUCUUCCGGCCUCGCACAGCACCGGAAGCUAUCGACCUCGUUGCGAAGUUGCUCGAGUACACGCCUGAGGCGCGGCUGAGCGCGGUCGAGGCGAUGUGCCACCCGUUCUUCGACGAGCUGCGGCAAGAGGGUGCGAAAAUGCCCAACGGGAAGGAGUUCCCGCCUCUCUUUGACUUUACUCGGGAAGAGCUCUCAGUACGGCCGGACCUGAUCCGCCAGCUUGUUCCGCCACACACCGAGGCUGAGCUCGCGUCGCGUUCGAUCCACCUGGAUUCGUUUGUUCCGAUACCGCUGGAGCAGCUAAGAAUCUCCUUGGACUAAGGAGCUGGCGAAGAGGAAGGACACGUUCCCUGUCCGCACGGGACUCGUAGUAUUUUCGUAUAGCGAUGCAGCCCUACGCGCGCGCAAGGGUAGCCCCGUCGUUUGCCAUGUCCCACGUCGUCGCGUUGCCUUUUUGCUCUAUUGGUCGCAGCGUUGUGGCCGUCGUCAUCGCCGUCUGUCCGUUUUGUCACGCCAUGUCCGAUACAUCUCAUGUCUCACAUCAUCACCACUCGUACCGUCCUGGCGUCGCGUCGUGUCCGGUUGUCUUAUAUAUCUCUGAGUUUGUAUGGCUGGGCUUGCCGCUGCGAUGCACGUACAUAUUUGUAUACACGACCCGAGAAUGUCGUCACGAAGAAAUAAGCAUUUUGCAUUGCAC